GAAGCUAUAAAUUCAUUGGUCCAGAUAGAAAUCUCGCAAACACGUGUGGCUGGCAGGAGAGGCGAGCGCUAUUAAUAUAAGUUUGUGGUUUCUGUUCCAGAAAGUUUCCAUCAACAUCAGAAUCUUGUCGUCUAAUCUGAAAAAGGUGAAAUCUGCAUGCAGGAGGAUGGAGCGAGCCAAUCACAUCAACAUUGCGAUGACUGACGACCCGACCACCAAUGGGAUGCCAAAGUCAAAGGUCAUCUUCACCGUGGACAAAUCGUGGCAGCCCAUGGGUGCGGUGGUCAGUUUCCAUGACAUCCAGUACAAGGUGGUGGUGAAGAGCGGGCCCCUCUGUAAGAGGAAGGUGACCCCACGGGGGAUACUGGUGGACCUGAAUGGGAUGAUGAGACCUGGUCUGAACGCUAUUCUGGGGCCGACUGGCAGUGGGAAGUCAUCGUUCCUCGAUGUUCUGGCGGCGCGUAAGGACCCGUCUGGUCUGUCAGGAGAAGUGCUGAUCGACGGGGCGCCCCAGCCCCCCAACUACAAGUGUCUUUCUGGCUACGUGGUCCAGGAUGACGUGGUGAUGGGGACGCUGACUGUGAGAGAGAACCUGCGCUUCUCUGCAGAGCUGCGGCUCCCCAGCAGCGUGAGGAGGGAGGAGAAGGAGGCUAGGGUCAACCACCUGGUGAAGGAGCUGGGGCUGUCCAAGGUGGCCGACGCUAAGGUGGGGACCCAGCUGAUCAGGGGGAUCUCAGGGGGGGAGAGGAAGAGGACCAACAUCGGUAUGGAGCUGAUCAUGGACCCGUCUGUGCUGUUCCUGGACGAGCCCACCACUGGCCUGGACGCCAGCACCGCCAACUCUGUCCUGCUGCUGCUUAAGAGAAUGGCCAAUCAAGGGCGCACCAUCAUCAUGUCCAUCCACCAACCACGUUACUCCAUAUACCGGCUGUUUGACACCCUCACCCUAUUGGUCAACGGGAAGAUGGUGUACCAUGGACCGGGGAAGAACGCUCUCGACUACUUUGCUGACAUAGGUUACACCUGCGAGCCCCACAACAACCCAGCAGACUUCUUUCUGGAUGUGAUCAACGGAGACGCUACCGGCAACGCCAUGAACAAGAUGCAGAGCUCAGAUGAAAUCGACCUGGACGAGCUGAUGAGCUCUCGCCAGCGCAUUGAGGAGCACCUGGUGGAGCAGUACCGCAGCAGCCCGUCCUGCCGGGAGACCCUGGCCCAGCUGGAGCUCCUGGUCCGGGGGAGGGGGCACGGCGUGCGGCCCCAGGCCAGGACUAUCACCUACAACUGCUCCUUCUUCCACCAGCUGCACUGGGUCCUGAAAAGAACCUUCAAGAACCUGCUGCUGAACCCACAGACCUCCGUGGCACAGCUGGGUGUCACUAUAUUCCUGGCUCUCAUCGUGGGCGCCAUCUUCUUCGGGGUGAAAGACGACCAGAGCGGGAUCCAGAACAGGAUGGGAGCUCUCUUCUUCAUCACCACCAACCAGUGCUUCAGCACGCUGUCAGCAGCAGAGCUGUUCAUUACAGAGAGGAAGCUGUUUGUUCAUGAGUACAUCAGUGGGUACUACCGCGUGUCAGUCUACUUCCUGUCUAAGAUCCUCUCUGACAUCAUCACCCUGCGCACCAUCCCUGCUGUCAUUUUCAGCUGCAUCAUCUACUUCAUGAUUGGGCUGCAGAAAACCGCGGCAGCCUUCUUCAUCUUCACGUUCACGGUCAUCAUGGUAGCGUACACGGCCACGGCCAUGACGAUGGCCAUCUCAGCCGACCAGAACGUGGUCGCCGUGGCGAACAUCUUCAUGACCAUCAGCUUCGUCUUCAUGAUGAUAUUCUCCGGGUUGCUGGUGAACCUGACCAGCAUCAUGGACUGGCUGGCCUGGUUGAAAUACUUCAGUAUCCCUCGCUACGGACUCACUGCGCUGGAGAUCAAUGAGUUUGUGGGUUUGAGCUUCUGUAACCACCUCGCUGCCCUGAACACGACCGUGUUUCCCGGCACGUCCAACUGCACCAUGAGCACGCCUGGGAUCACGUGCACAGGUGAGCAGCACCUGCAGUACCUGGGAAUCGGCUACACCAACUGGGAUCUCUGGCAAAACCAUGUUGCCAUGGCAAUCAUGACCAUCCUCUUCCUCCUCAUUGCCUAUCUCAAACUGCGCUUCAUCAAGAAGUUCACCUGAGUUCACCUCAGAUUGAGUCUGUUCAACAAAAAAGGUUCAUGUUGACAAUUUCACCGGCUAAGUUUUAACCUUCAAAUGCCAGAAGGAGGUCUGUACUUCAGCUGUUAAUCUACUUCCUGUUUGACUUCAGAGUGGACCAGUGGUUCGCACUGGUGUUCUGCAAAUACUCAUCUGAUCUCAGAGCUGCAGAAUCAUUCAUUUGAAGUAUUGGGUCUUCUGUUUACUGUUUAUUUAUGAGUCACUGAUGUUUCUUCUUAUAAACAUUAUAAUUUGCCAUCCUUACCUUUUAAAGAGUUACUUAGUUUGUAGUUUAAUUGGGAUUUGCACAGAUUUUCUGAUUACACAAAAGUUGAGUUAAAUGAUUCCAUUGAAUUACUGAUCAUAAUUAUUAUAACUGAUUUGAGUGAACUUUUGAUGAUUUUGUAUAACGUUCUGUUCCUGACAAACCUUUUUAUAAACCUUUUCAAGUCAUUUUGUAAAGUGUC